UUCUUCUUCCCCAAAUCUCUCUCCCCUUUGUUCCCUUCGGUAUUUGCUCGAGUUUGGGUUCUCGAAAUCUCAUCUCGAAAAUGCUUGCUCGGCUCGCGUCCCAGCGUUUUCUCGAGAUUCGUCAAGCUUUCCGUCAAUCUCCUCAGGCAUAUCGAUCCUUCUCCACUGCCUUGAACUAUCAUCUUGAUACCCCAGAUAACAAUCCCGACCUUCCAUGGGAAUUUUCCGAGGCAAACAAAGCAAAAGUCAAGGAGAUACUGUCUCAUUACCCAUCCAACUACAAGCAAUCUGCAGUUAUUCCUUUGCUAGAUCUUGCUCAGCAGCAGCAUGGAGGAUGGCUUCCUGUUUCAGCAAUGAAUGCUGUUGCAAAGGUUAUAGAAGUUACACCUAUUCGUGUAUAUGAGGUUGCAACAUUUUAUUCAAUGUUCAAUCGGUCAAAGGUCGGGAAAUAUCAUCUAUUGGUUUGUGGAACAACCCCUUGUAUGAUUCGUGGUUCACGAGAAAUUGAAGAAGCCUUAUUGAAUCAUUUGGGGGUUAAGCGCAACGAGGUAACAAGCGAUGGUUUAUUCUCAGUUGGAGAAAUGGAAUGCAUGGGAUGUUGUGUAAAUGCUCCUAUGAUCACUGUUGCUGAUUACUCCAACGGAUCUGAGGGAUAUACGUAUAAUUACUAUGAAGAUGUUACUCCAAAAGGAGUUGUUGAGAUAGUUGAGAAGCUAAGAAAGGGAGAGAAGCCACCGCAUGGCACACAAAAUCCUAAACGUAUCAAGUGCGGACCAGAAGGCGGAAAUACCACUUUGCUAACUGAUCCGAAACCUCCCCCAUGCCGAGACCUCGAUGCCUGCUAAUGUUAACAUGUUAGUGCUAUCUCAAAUAAUGCAAAGCUUGGGUUCUUCCAGGCUUUCUUUUGGUAUAUUUUCUUGUUGAGUUUGUCAUGAUCAACCAAUCAUAUAUUUCAAUCUUCCAUGGAAUUUCAACUUGGUAUAAGAGACUCAAAUUGCUUUGUACGACAUGAUUGAUGUUGAUGCUUUUGCUGCUAUAAUCUUCUAUGAAAGCAGUGGGUAUUCAAAUAC